AUGAACUACAUUAAGGAUUCCAAUGAAGAUGACUUUGAUGAAAGCCAGAACGCAUCUGGAAACAACUUGCUAAGGUGUAGAGUUGCGCAGAACAGAGAACACAAAACCGCCAAGCAGGAUGAAGAGCAAGUCACCAUUGAGCAGGAUUCUUUAAGAAACAAAGAAGAUGAGGAGGAUGAUCCAGAGACACAUCAAAAAGGGUAUCUGGAAAGGAAGUAUGAUACGGUUUGUGAUUUUUAUAAGAAACACAAAACCACCCUUUGGUACAUCAUCUGGGAAAUCUUACUACUAGGUUACCUGGCGAUGGUGAUUGCAGCUUGUGUGCUAAACUUUCAGAGAGCCCUUCCCCUUUUCGUGAUCACUGUGGCCGCCAUCUUCUUUGUGGUCUGGGAUUACUUUAUGGCCAAAUAUGAGAAUCAAAUCGAUGAGUGCCUGUCUCCUGGCAAAACGCUCCUAAACAGCCAUUGGUUCUGGAUGAAGUGGGUGAUUUGGAGCUUACUGAUCCUGGGAGUUAUUUUGUGGCUGAUCUUUGACACUGCCAAAUUGGGCCAACAGCAGCUGGUUUCCUUUGGUGGGCUUAUAAUGUACAUUAUCCUGAUAUUUCUAUUUUCCAAGUAUCCAACCAAAGUUUACUGGAGGCCUGUCUUUUGGGGAAUUGGGUUACAGUUUCUUCUUGGUCUCUUAAUCCUAAGGACCGACCCUGGAUUUAUGGCUUUCAAUUGGUUGGGCCAACAAGUUCAGACAGAGUCUCCCCUGCUAGUCCGACCAUACUUACCACACGUCACCAAGUCUGAACUCCACGCAAUCAUGACCGCUGGGUUCUCGACCAUUGCUGGAAGCGUGUUAGGUGCAUACAUUUCUUUUGGGGUUUCACCCUCCCACCUGUUAACUGCCUCAGUCAUGUCUGCACCUGCCUCACUGGCCGUGGCUAAACUCUUUUGGCCUGAGACAGAAACACCUAAAAUAACCCUCAAAAAUGCCAUGCAAAUGGAAAGUGGUGAUUCAAGGAACCUCCUAGAAGCCGCAACACAGGGAGCAUCCUCAUCCAUCUCCCUGGUGGCAAACAUAGCUGUGAAUCUGAUUGCCUUCCUGUCCCUGUUGUCUUUUGUGAAUGCAGCCCUGUCCUGGCUUGGAAACAUGUUUGACUACCCACAACUGAGUUUUGAGGUAAUAUGCUCCUACAUCUUCAUGCCCUUUUCCUUCAUGAUGGGAGUAGACUGGCAAGACAGCUUUAUGGUUGCCAAACUCAUAGGCUAUAAGACAUUUUUCAAUGAAUUUGUGGCUUAUGAACACCUCUCAAAAUUGAUCAGUUUAAGAAAGGAGGCUGGACCCAAAUUUGUGGAUGGUGUGCAGCAAUAUAUGUCGAUUCGUUCUGAGACUAUUGCCACCUAUGCUCUCUGUGGCUUUGCUAAUUUCGGUUCCCUAGGAAUAGUGAUCGGUGGACUCACAUCCAUGGCUCCUUCCAGAAAGCGCGAUAUCGCCUCAGGGGCAAUGAGAGCACUGAUCGCGGGGACCGUCGCCUGCUUCAUGACAGCCUGCAUUGCAGGGAUACUCUCCAGCACCCCCAUAGACAUCAACUGCCAUCACAUUUUAGAGAAUGCCUUCAACUCCAGUCUACCUGCAAACGCAACUGAUGUGGUAUCUUGUUGUCAAAUUCUAUUGAACAGCACUAUUGUCAAAGGCCCUGAUGAGGUCAUCCCAGGAGGAAACCACAGCUUGUCUUCUUUAAGGGGUUGCUGCAUGUUAUUGUUGCCACCAACACUGAACUGCAGCUGGAUCUCUAAUGCAUUUUGAGUUCAGCUACUUCUCUGAUGGAACUCCAGGAACUCUGCUUUGGCAAGAAAAAAUAAUAAUAAUAACCACUAUUCUUCAUGGAUGGAUAUUUCCAUCAUGGAGUCAACUUUAACUGGAAAGAGGAAAAACAGCAGUGAACCCUUCAAAUGUCCAGCAUCAUCCUCCUCUCCUUCUUUCCUCCCUUCUGUAAACCCUUCCCCACUGAGAACUACUAUGAUAUUUCAAGAUGAGCUAUUGUCUUCAGUCCCAAAGAUGUUUCCUGACCCUAGAAUUUUAUGAGAUUUUACCAGAAUGCAGGUCUAAAUGAUGGCUCACAACAAUGGGGUUAUGGCUCAGCCACUCCCAGAGUGGCUCACUUCUAAAACAUCUCAGGGGAGGUCACUGCAUUCACCCUGGCUGACCUGAAGUAGCCAGAACUUGAAUCUCACAUGGAGAAGCAUCAAUCAUUUAUCACCCACUCAUUGCCUGCCCUGAGGAAGUCCUACAUAAAUCAAGAGCCCUUUAGGAGAACAUUUAGACCAUUCUAAAACCAGGUUUUAAAUCCUGUAUGUUUAGAGAGUUAUACCAGUCAUCUUACCCUAAAUUUUGCUGCAAUAAGAAAUAAGCCAAAAACCUUGGUGACUGACAAUUUAUUUUUCCCUUACACCUUAUGCUUAUUGAGGGUCAAUUUUGGCUGUAUUUCAUGUUGUCUUCACUUCCAGGACUCAUGCGAAAGAAGCAGCCACUAUGUGAGGUAUGUCGGGAGAGGGGGGAAAAAACGUUGGCUCUCAAAACCUCUGCUAGGAAGGACCCUUCACUUCUACUACAUUCCAUUACCCAAAGCUAAUCAUAUGAUUAGU